AUGUCGGAAUACGAUCGGCAUGCCGUGUCGGCUUCGGUCGACAAUGAGUUCGCCGACAUGCUGCAAUUCUAUACGCAAAUGCCCGACUGCAAUCUGUCCAUCGCAGAUAUCUUCCAGGGUCAACUUGAUGUGGACUCGGCCUCCUCCACUCCAACGGGGCUGCCCUCCACCCCUGUAUUCUGGGGCAAUGAUCCAUCGCAGAACCCACUGUCGAAGCCCUCGCUGAAUGGCAUGGAACCUGAGCUCAUGGAUUUCCAAUGGAAUGAAACCGACGGGUGUCCUGAACUAUGGAAUUCGAUAGGCACUGACUUUUCAUUUAAGCCAGCAGACAUGCAAACUCGUCGAGACAGCUGGUAUCUACCAAACGAGAAUUUUAAAGACUCUCAACCUUCUCCCAUGGCGCCCGUGCACACUUUCCACUCUGCUCAGACGCCCAGUACUGCAUCUUCACCUGUUAGCCAUGACUCUGUAGACCACAUCUGCCACAGCAACACCCAGAGAAUAGCGGUCUCUCCCCAUCCCACAGCGCCCUACGCUCACAGCUCCCUGGCGACAGCGACAGACUUGGGACCAGCAUUGGCACCAACACCAAGCACAUCCAUCUCCACCGGAAACCCGCAGUUCGACUUGGCGCCCAGUCCCCGCCAAUCCACCCGCGCAUCCCCAAGUCCAGCACCACCGGUGCCCAAAGGAGCAAUUGCUCGCAAGAAUUCCACAACGGCGUGGAAACGACGCAAUUGGCACCCACUAGCCACCCCGGAAUUGAGGCCGAAGAUGAGUCCGGUGAUUCCGGCUCUGAACCAGCAGAAUGUGACACCGCCAGACCUCUCGGCACACACUCACAACCUUGUCCUCGCCACAAAAUCAAACUACCAACACAUCCAAGAUGGCACGCUACCCCCAGGCGUCACGUAUCCCAGCAAAGUCACGCGGGACAAUCUAAACCAGAGACGCACUUACCACCGUCUCGCCGAGCGAAACCGGCGCGACAGGUUCAAUGCCGCAAUUAAGGAAAUGGAAGCUCUCAUUCCGGCGGAGUUUGUCGAGGAGAGAAACAAAGCAUUAGGGCUGGCCUUGGCUGCUGUUUCGAACUCGGCUGCUCCGGCUACUCCUGCUGCUCCCGCUAAGAAAGAAAAAGAAAAGGCGCCGUCUGCCGAGCAGACCAAGGCAGAUGUCAUGGAGAUUGCGGCCGAUUAUAUUAAAAUGUUAAGGGCGAGUCUUGCUGAGAAGAAUGAGCAGAUGAGCCGGCUUGGUGCUGCUGCGGAGAAUGUCUGA